CAAAUGAUACUUCCUUGUACGUUUCAUGUCAUAAACGAGUUGAGGUUUUGCUUUCAAUUUUCGGCAGCGCACGAGUCGACAAAGACAAGAAUAACGAGAGAUGUCGAUGGCUAACCGAGCUAGACAUUUUGGCAGCGAAUCGGGCAUUUUUAGCAGCUGAAAGGGGAAACCCGAGUGAUUGUAUUUCCUGUUUGGAGACGCCCGCUGUCAAAUACGCGUCAUUGGCGAGACAGGGUGGGGUGAUGUUUCGGUUCCGCAGGGAGGCGAGGCAAUGACAUCGUUUGUGGUGGCGGAAUACUAACAGCCCGGCGUGGGGGGAGAGAGGAGGACGAGCGGCGAACGCGGCCGUCCGUCGGAGAAUACAAUGAGGACGCUAUUUACAUUCUGCUGUCUGUUCCUUGUUACCGGCGAAGCGGACCGGGCGUGGGCCGUCAGCGCCCCUUCCAAUUUGACGGCGGAUAGCAGCAGGUAUCUUACAAUUGGGGACGGUUCGUCCCAGGAAUUCGAAUUCCCCGAAAACACCAAAGGGGUUAUAGUCAUCUCCAGCCAGUACGGGAGCCCGUCGGGUCGACAGAACUGGAAAGAGACGGUUAGAGUGCGCUCCUUGGAUCCGGAGGUCCUCUCUAUCCUGAAUGUGACUCAAAGCGGGGGCCACGCGAGGAGCUACAUUAUCAAUAUCCGCUCGGGAUUCCCGGGAAGGGCCCAGCUUCACAUCCAGCUGCUGGACCAGGAGCGGGACUCGACGCCCGUUCUGAUCGAGGAGAGGAGGGAUUACUGCAUCGUGGUGGCCCCCGGGAGCGACGACCCGGCCGCGCGACUCAUCAAGUCGGGCGGACUAUCCCAUUUCUCGGAGAACCCCGUACUUUUUGCUUUGCUUCCCCUCAUUUUUGUCAACAAGUGUGCCUUUGGGUGCAAGGUGGAGGUGGAGGUACUGAAAGCGCUACUGAAGAGCCCCGUGCCUCUGCUCCUCGGGGCGCUGGGUCAGUUCUUGGCGAUGCCUCUGUACGCUUACUGCAUGUCUCAGCUGGCAGCGCUUCCCAAAGCGCUCUCGCUGGGCCUGGUGAUCACGUGUUCCGCCCCGGGAGGCGGAGGGGGUUACCUUUACAGCCUGUUGCUCGGCGGAGACGUCACCCUGGCCAUCUCCAUGACGCUGGUGUCUACGGUGGCGGCGGCAGCCACCAUGCCCCUGUCGUCGGCUCUGUACGGCCGUCUGCUGGGGGUGCACGCCGCGCUGCACGUCCCCUUCGUGAAGAUUCUGGGCACCCUCCUCUUCAUCGCCAUCCCUAUUUCUCUGGGCAUGCUGGUCAAGCUACGUCUGCCCGCGCUCACUCGCGUCUUGCUGGGACUGAUCAGGCCCUUCAGCUUCGCGCUCAUCAUCGGGGGCAUCUUCAUGGCCUAUCAAAUGGGCGCCUCCAUACUGGCCGACGUCAGGCCCCAGAUCGUCGCCGUCGGGGCCACGGUGCCUUUGCUCGGCUUGUCGGUCGGGGCCCUUCUGGCUAAGUCGGCGGGCCUGGCGCCGCCGCAGAGGAAGACGGUGAGCAUCGAGGUGGGCGUCCAGAACAGCUUGCUGGCUCUCGCCGUCAUGCAGCUGUCCUUCCGUCGGACGGAAGCCGACUUUGCGUCGCAAGCUCCUUUCAUUGUGGCGCUCAGCAGCACCACGGAAAUGCUUCUCAUAGUUCUGGUAUAUUACAUUCAUCACUGGUUGUGUGGGCCCGCUGUCCCGGGAACUGAAACAUGAUUGUAGCUGCCAUUUUUCAGAAAGUUCCAAAUCUACCUGUGGACAACAACAAGAAAAAAGCAGCUUAUACCGUUUUGCAUGCCUGCUGGUUUUCCGUCUGAACAAGACAAGCUGUCUUUUUGUAGAUAACAUUUUUCAUGAAAACCAAUGGCCUUAUACCCUCCUGAUCUCUUUAUGUCUCUCUCCAACUCUACAAUUACCAAGAAAAGAAAAUGGCAUAAAUCUAUUUUUCUACUCAAGGUACUUUUCUAAACAAAAUUCAAAGAUUGACUCGUAUCAUGUUUACAAGCAGUUCAAUGUGUCUUAGCUGUUGAUGGGAGAAUUGUCAACACAAGGAGGGUGGGCAUUUUGUAUGGACUGUAAUGAUGUUUUGAAAGUAUUUGUUAUCGUGUUUGCUGGAUCUGUGUAUCCACAUACUUGAAUAAUGAAGAAAAAGCAAGUCAAUAAAAACAUGUCAAAGCAGCA